AUGUCUUCUCUACAUUCUACCGUUCGGCCGAACACGUACAUCUUCCUCCGCCUCCCCACGGAGAUCUUCAAACUCGUCGAGAUCAAGCUGAACACGAUCAUUGACGUCGGCAAGCUCGGUUCGUUUCCCGCAAAUCUCCUCCUUGGCCGCCCGUAUCACUACACCUACGAAUUGCUCGAGAAGAGAGAAGGAGAGUCAUGGCAGAGAUUGAGGAUCGUGUCGCCGGCAGAGCUCAAUGCUGAAGCUGGACUGGACGAUGCAACGCCGGCGGAGUCAAGAGCAGAGCCUGGGACAACGGAGGUAAAAGUGAAUGGAUCAUUACCAGAGGGCUACGAUCUCGCGACGGUCAAUCAAGUGCUGAUGAAGAACAAUCGACUUACGAUCGACGAUGCAACGCGACAAGGGCUGACACACGAGGAGAUUGAAGAGCUGAAGAAGUCGGCCGGAGGAAAGGAGGUCAUCGAGAAGAUUUUGGCGAACCAUGCAGGACUUGACGAGAAGACGGAGUACUCGAAAGCGAAAUAUCUGGCGAGGAAGAACAAGAAGUACUUGAAGCGGUUUACUGUGCUACCGAUGGAUUUGGGCACUCUGAUUGAUUACAUCAUGGUCAAGGAGCCGGCGAGGAUAAUGGAGAUCAGGAUGGAAGGACUUGGACUGGUCAAUGCUUGGAGCAAUGCGCAUUUCAGUGGCAUGGAUCAGAUCGAUGCGGGAACAGGCCAGGCGAACGGAAGGUACUUGGUGGUGGAUGAUACAGGUGGACUCGUAGUUGCAGGUAUCGCAGAGAGGAUGAAUCUCUUGUACCCACGAUUGCAGGACGACGCAGAACCAGCCGCGCCGAUGCAGGAAGAGACAACAGAACCCACCGACACAGAAAUAGAUACGAAUGGCGAGAAGACGAACGGCACCGCGAAGAUAGCCAGACCAGUCCACCGCGACUUCCCUAUCCCAGCAACCUCCAACACAAUCACAGUACUCCACGCAGCGGUGCAGCCCAACGUCUCCAUCCUCAAGCACUUCGGCUACGACACGAGCAGUCCCACUGUCCCGACAGAAGAAAACGAGCACCCUCUUCACACCCAUCUCAAACCUCUCUCUUGGCUACAGCUUCUCCACCCCGAGCAAGACCCGACAUACACCGAACCCGAACGAGCGAGCGAAGAAGAGUUGGCGAGUUGGAAAAGCGGCAAGCGAGGAAGUUACUUUAAGAAGCGCCGGCGAUGGGAGCGCUGCAAGGCGAUCGUCGACGAGACGAGGGCUGGUGGAUUUGAAAGUCUGGUCAUCGCAUCGCAUAUGGAGCCUACGACUAUUUUGAAGCACACUGUGCCUCUGAUUAGAGGAGGUGGUCAUGUGGUCAUUUACAGCCCGACCAUCGAACCGCUUCUUGUCGCCGCAGACUUGUACUCGAAAGAGCGUCGCGCGGCGUAUAUUGCACAUCUCAUCGAAGGAGAGACACCGAGUGAGGAUGACUUCCCAGUUGACCCGAGACUGCUAUUGGGUGCGUCGGUGCAGACGAGUCGAGUGAGAGAGUGGCAGGUACUUCCAGGUCGGACGCAUCCGCUUAUGACGAGUCGUGGUGGAGCGGAGGGAUAUGUGUUCACUGCGAGGAAGGUCAUUCCGCUGGAGGGAGGCGUGGAGGCAAGAGGGAAGCACUUUGCGAAGAAGAGGAAGAUCACGGUGGAGGAGUCAACUCCGACUACUGGUGGAAGCGAUGUGGAGAUGGUCAAUUUGCCUGCUGUGACAGCGUGA